UAAAAUUCUUGCUAUUUAUUCAUCAUCUCCCAAAUACCCAACUCAUCGUCCUCCCAAGUAUUGGGGUUUCUGCUUACGGAAUCCCAAAAUUCUGCAGCAGAGUAGACGACCGCGCGGUCACGGAUUUCUGUGAACAAAACCGAUUUCUAAGAAAUCAAAAUGAAGAAAAUGGUGUUACAAUUGACAAUUGAGGACGAGAAAAGAAAGAGGAAGGCCCUCAAGGUGGUUGCAGCGGUAGAAGGGGUGGACUCUGUGGCCGUGGACAUGAAGGAAAAAAAGAUGACUGUAAUUGGGGAAGCAGACCCUGUGUUUGUCACGGCAAGACUGAGGAAAUUCGGGUUUAAUUUUGCUGAACUGCAGAGCGUUGGGCCUGCCAAGGAUGAGAAGAAAGAAGAGAAAAAACCAGAGAAUCCAACGGUUGUGUAUGUUCAGAGGCCUUAUUAUUAUGAUUACAGUUUCGCCAAUGAUGAGAAUCCUAACGCCUGCACUAUUUGCUGAAUUCUUAUCUAGGGUUUUUGUAGGACGGGUUCUAACCUUUGUUCUUCAAAGAAAAAAUCUCCUCUCCCGUUGCUUACAGCUCUACUAAUUAGUUUAUAUACAUAUUAAGCUGCCGUGUUUUGUUGGAGUUAAAUAUAUGUACGUGCCUCGGAAAAUAACGUGGCGCACAAGAGGAGAUUUGUUGGGAAGAGUGUAAUAUAUUAUUCACAAAUUAAAGCCAACUAGGUAUUUGUUUCUGAAAUCA